UGCUUUUGAAGGCCAUAAAGUAGCGUAGGAGAAACCAGCAGACAGUAUACCUGCUUGGAGGCACAGCAAGCCACUCAGGGAUUCUAUUCUCUCCAGCCAACCUUCAUUGCCCAGGUUUCUGAAGCAGCCAUGGCAACUGUACCUGAACCCAUCAACGAAAUGAUGGCUUACUACAGUGACGAGAAUGAGCUGUUAUUUGAGGCUGAUGGCCCCAAACAGAUGAAGAGCUGCAUCCAACACCUGGACCUCGGCUCCAUGGAAGUUGGAAACAUCCAGCUGCAGAUUUCUCACCAGCUAUACAACAAAAGCUUCAGGCAGGUGGUGUCGGUCAUCGUGGCCAUGGAGAAGCUGAGGAACAGUGCCUACGCACAUGUCUUCCAUGAUGAUGACCUGAGGAACGUCCUUUCCUUCAUCUUCGAAGAAGAGCCUGUCAUCUUCGAAACGUCCUCUGACGAGUUUCUGUGUGACGCAGCCGUGCAGUCAGUAAACUGCAAACUCCAGGACAGAGAGCAAAAAUCCCUGGUGCUGGCUAGCCCAUGUGUGCUGAAGGCGCUCCACCUCCUCUCACAGGAAAUGAGCCGAGAAGUGGUGUUCUGCAUGAGCUUCGUGCAAGCAGAGGAAAGAGACAACAAGAUUCCUGUGGCCUUGGGUAUCAGGGACAAGAAUCUAUACCUGUCUUGUGUGAAGAAGGGUGAUACGCCCACCCUGCAGCUGGAGGAAGUAGACCCCAAAGUCUACCCCAAGAGGAAUAUGGAAAAACGGUUUGUCUUCUACAAGACAGAAAUCAAGGAUACAGUUGAGUUUGAGUCUGUCCUGUACCCUAACUGGUACAUCAGCACUUCUCAAACUGAAGAAAAGCCCGUCUUCCUGGGACAUUUUAGAGGCGGCCAGGAUAUAACUGACUUCAGAAUGGAAACCCUCUCUCCCUAAAGAAAGCCAUACCCGGGGAGUCCACGUGGGCUGAAUAACCCCGAGGACUGGCAGAGGGAAGGGAAGACCACAGCUGCAGCCUGAACUUCACUAUUGUCUGAUCCAUGACCAACUGCCUGCCCUGUAUUAGUGCUUAGAGAUCUCCCCACCAGCCAGGAGGAACAAUCCCUUCCUCCCAGUGACCAUCUUCAGACCCCAUCCACUGAGCCACCCCUCUCUCACUUCUUCUACUCACUCAAAGCCAGCCUGGCAGAAACCAUGGCACACUAGUUUCAAAGAAAUCCUCUGUCCUUUGCACCCAGCUUCUGAUGAGCAACCACUUAACUAUUUAUUUAUUUAUUUAUUGAUGGGUUAGUCUAUUUAAUUUAGUUCCAGGGGGCCAAGAAGCAGCCGCAUCUGUGAAAAACCCUAGCCUUCAAUAACUAUGGAACCAAUUUCCUUUGGGCUAGUGUGCCAUCCUUCUGCCAAGUCCUUUCACCAAACCUGAAAGCAUACCAGCUCAGGGUAUUUAAAUAGAAUUAUUUAUGAAGAGGGAAGAAUGAUCAGAUUGUUCAAUGAUUCUGAAAUAAAUUUUACUGUAAACAAA